CCCCAUGCUGACGUACCGCGUCGAUGCUGACAAAGGGUUCAACUUCUCGGUGGGUGAUGAUGCCUUUGUGUGCCAGAAGAAGAAUCACUUCCAGGUCACGGUCUACAUCGGCAUGCUUGGAGAUCCCAAGUAUGUGAAGACCCCCGAAGGCCUGAAACCCUUAGAGUGCUUCUACCUGAAGCUGCACGGAGUGAAGCUAGAGGCCUUGAACCAGUCGAUCAAUAUAGAGCAGUCCCAGUCUGACCGCAGCAAACGGCCCUUCAACCCCGUCACGGUCAACCUGCCUCCAGAGCAAGUCACCAAGGUCACCGUGGGGCGGCUGCACUUCAGCGAGACCACGGCCAACAACAUGCGGAAGAAAGGCAAACCCAACCCAGACCAGAGGUAUUUCAUGCUGGUGGUGGCCUUGCAGGCCCAUGCACAGAACCAGAACUACACGCUCGCAGCCCACAUCUCUGAGCGCAUCAUUGUCAGAGCCUCCAACCCUGGCCAGUUUGAGAGUGACAGUGAUGUCCUCUGGCAGCGGGCACAGCUCCCUGAUACUGUUUUUCAUCACGGCCGGGUUGGCAUCAACACUGACCGCCCUGAUGAAGCUCUCGUGGUCCAUGGCAACGUGAAGGUCAUGGGUUCACUGAUGCACCCUUCAGAUGUCCGAGUGAAGGAGGACAUCCAGGAGGUGGACACCACAGAGCAGCUGAAGAGGAUCUCCCGGAUGCGGCUAGUACACUACAACUACAAGCCUGAGUUUGCAGCCACGGUGGGCAUUGACAACACCUCUGAGACAGGUGUCAUUGCUCAGGAGGUAAAGGAGAUCCUGCCUGAAGCUGUGAAAGACACCGGAGACCUGGUCUUUUCCAAUGGGAAGACCCUUGAGAACUUCCUGGUGGUGAACAAGGAGCGGAUCUUCAUGGAGAAUGUGGGAGCUGUGAAGGAGCUGUGCAAACUGACAGACAACCUGGAGACCCGUAUUGAUGAGCUGGAGAGGUGGAGUCACAAGCUGGCCAAGCUCAAACGGCUGGACAGCAUGAAGUCAACUGUGAGCUCUGGGACAUUCAGCCAAACAGGAAGCCAGUUCAGCCGUGCAGGAAGUGUGCCCCACAAAAAGAGGCCCCACAAAGUAGCCAGCAAGUCACCAUCAGUUGUCCCAGAACAAGCCUGCAUCAGCCAGCGCUUCCUGCAAGGCACCAUCAUUGCCCUGGUCAUCAUCAUGGCAUUCAGUGUGGUGUCCAUGUCCACGCUCUACGUGCUGAGCUUGCGCAGUGAAGAGGACCUUGUGGAUAUCGAUGGCUCCUUUGCUGUGCCCACUGCCUGUCUCCUGGCCCUCUUACGACACAGGGGUCCUGGGGUCCCGGUCGCUCUAUGUCCACGCGUGCGUGCCUGCUUCAGCCCACCCUGUUUCUCCAUGUGCUGCUCUGCUGCUCCCACCAAUGUCUCCUCUGUUGCCCCCUCUGAGACCAGCCCCACUCAUGCCACUAACCGGACAGACCAAAGUCAAACCUCACUCCUACCAGUGACAAACAUCAAAGCCAAAUCCAGGGGCAUCACCGGGAAAUCCAUCUCCUACACCAAGUGGCCAAAGACACCUGACAGGUCUCAGAGCUUCGGCAGCCCCAAUGCCAGCCCCUCCUCCCCUUUCACCCACAUCCAGGGCAAAUCCAAGUACAUCUCCAACCUCUCGCUCUCCCGCAGCAACUCCCCGCUGGGGCAGAGCCGGCAGCAGCGCAGCAUCAAGCAUCCGGGGAGCGAGUGGUCCCACACAGAGGAUCCCAGCACGGGUGAGCCCAGCCCAGUACUGCACUCCAUCCGGAUCAUGGAGAUCAAUUUGGCCAUCCAGUCCCAGUACUGCGCAGCUGCCGACGCCUGCAGGACUGGAAACUUCACCUACCGUAUCCCUGUCAACCAGCUCACAGCUGUGAACACCAACCUGACUCUGGAGAUGAAUUCCUCCUCUGCUGUGUCCAUCUCCCUUUGUGGCCUCAUUUCCAGUGACCCUUGCCAGGAAGCUGCGAGCACCAACAGCUCCACCAAUGCCACAGAUGCACAGGAAACAACCCACCGUUGGCCUCUCGUGAUGUUGUCUUUCCGGGAGUUUACCUACCACUUCCGAGUAGCACAGCCUGGCCGAGCCGACUGCAGCGCUGCCCCUGAGCACAUGGGACACCUUUUCACUGACUAUUAUUUUCAGUUUUACUGGCUCUGUGAGUGA